AUGUCUGAAGCUGUGGAGGUGAAGUUGCAUAUCAAGCUUAAUGUUAAUAAGAAGAAGACGAAUGUACUAUUUGCAGAAGCCGGAAGCGAUUUCACAGACAUGUUGUUAAGCUUCCUACUUCUACCAUUGGGAACGAUUGUCCAAGUCCUUGAGGAGCACUACGGAGACAAGGCGCCUGUUAUUGGGAGCUUGACCACUCUCUACAAAGGUGCAUCAAAUCUUGAUGUCAUCCAUUUCCGUCAAGAGGAUAGGAAAGAAGAGCUGAUCAAUUCAACACUUUUUGAGACUGAAUUGCGUAAACUGAGGCUCAACAUCCGCGGCACUCAGCCCACAAGUUCCACCUCUGGGAAAUCUUAUGAUGGAGUUUUCACUGAUGGUGCUGCUUCUUUCAUAAUCAGUGAUGAUCUCUACGUCUUUCCUAAUGGGCCCUGUCCGAUCACUGAAACUCUCACCUCUCUCGGCAUUGCUGUGGAAGAUAUGGAUGGAAUGGAGACAAGAAAUGUGAUGUUUGGAAGGAAUGAGAUGAUAGGUCUACUAAGGGAAUCGUUGAUUUCCUCGAAUCCACUCACUUCCUUCAUUUUCCCUAGCAGACGGAUGCCUGUAGCGACAGAGGGGCAUGUUAUGUUACCUCAUAUUAAGCCGAGGGGCUCUGUUUCGGAGCUAGAUAAAAUGAUUUUGAAAGUCAUGCUUCAAAAAUCUACAAACAAGUUACUGUUUGCUCAGGCAGAUGCUGAUUUUGUAGAUUUUCUUCUGUGUAUGCUCUGCACUUCUCUAGGACCAGUUGAGUGGUUUCUUCGCGGUAACACUGGUCUCCAGAAUAUGGAUAAUUUGUAUAUGAGUGUAGCAUAUAAUUUUUACAAUGUGCCUCAGCAAAUUUUUUACACGAAAGAAUUGCUAAUGAAGCCCCGGCCUAUUGAAUGUGAGUAUUGCAACAAAACUGGGUACCAUCUUCUGAUGUGCUGCAGAUAUUAUGUCAAGGGAGCGAACAUGUACAUGGUAAGUGAUGACUUGACUGUUUCACCGUUGGGUUUGACAUCUGGUCUUUCUGUUAUCAAUGAGUUGAAGAUCUCUUUGUCUGAUACAAAAGAAGUAGAGCUGCAAAUUGGGUUGGAAGAGGGUUUAAGCCUUUUGCAAGCUGCUCUCACGUCGACCACUGCUUUGACAGAUGGCCUUAUCAAGCCCUUCUUGAAGAAACAAGAACAAUUGAUUAAUUAA